CUUCUUCUUCCUUAUUUUAUUGAUUCCUUCAAAGAUUUUCAAAAGAAAACUAAAGGGGAUGUGAAAAAAAAUCAUCCCCUCCUCCUAUGGCAGCACCAACCCUUUCCUUUUUCUCUUUGAAUUACUUUUGAAUGAUUUUUGUGGAUUCUAGGUUUGCUGGUUGUGAAGAGAAGAUUGGUUUCGCCUGCUGAGAAGCUUAAGUCUAUUGAAAAUGGCCGCCGCUUCGUCAUCGGCAGCUUUCUUCGGAACAAGCGAAGAGAAUCAGAACCAGAUGAUAAAACAACAACAAUCAUCCACCACCCCACCCUCUUCGUCAACUGCUCCACAGACGAAGAAGAAGAGAAAUCAACCCGGAACACCAAAUCCUGAUGUUGAAGUGAUAGCACUAUCUCCCAAGUCUUUGAUGGCAACAAACAGAUUCAUUUGUGAAGUAUGCAACAAAGGGUUUCAAAGGGAGCAAAAUUUACAGCUCCAUAGAAGAGGACACAAUCUGCCAUGGAAGCUGAAGCAGAAGACAACGAAAGAAGUGAAGAAGAAGGUGUAUCUUUGCCCCGAACCCACUUGCGUCCACCACGAGCCGGCGAGGGCACUCGGCGACCUCACCGGCAUCAAAAAACAUUACUCGAGAAAGCACGGCGAGAAGAAAUGGAAGUGUGAGAAGUGUUCGAAGCGGUACGCCGUGCAAUCCGACUGGAAAGCUCAUUCGAAGACUUGCGGGACUAGAGAAUACAGAUGUGACUGUGGAACCCUUUUCUCCAGACGUGAUAGUUUCAUCACUCAUCGGGCGUUUUGCGAUGCGUUGGCUCAAGAAACCGCGAGACACCCCACCAAUGACUUAACCGCAAUGGGGAGCCAUCAUCUCUUUGGAGGUAAUCAUCAUCAAAUGAGCUUAGGAUUAUCCCAAUUGCAAGCUCAUAAUCAACCAUCCAGCAAUAUGUUGCGGUUGGGAAGUGGCGGAGCCGCCAAGUUCGAGCACCUCAUCGGCUCCCCCUCGAAUCCUUCGUCAUUACAUAACAUGCCCGGAUCGAUGUUCUUCAUGGCGGAUGCGGCCAACCAAGGUUUUCACCAGGAUCAUCAAUCUCCCCAUGGAAAUGGACCAUACAUGAACAAAGCAUUACAUGGUCUAUUGCAACUUCCGUACCUUCAAGGCAAUACUAACAAUUCCGGUGCCAACUCUACCAAUCUUUUCAAUUUAGGCUUCUUCCCCAACAAUGGUGGUUCGAGCAGCAUGAGUGCCGGCGAAAGCGGCGGUUCAUCAGCCGUCAACUUAUUGAAUUCCGGGUUUUUAAGUGGUAAUCAGUUCAACAUGGGUGAUCAGGUUGGUUCGGGGCUGUCCUCUCUUUACAGCACUACUACCUCAAUGCAACAUGAGAGCAUUUCUCCAAACAUGUCGGCAACCGCAUUGCUUCAGAAAGCUGCUCAAAUGGGUUCAACUACAAGCAACCACACUUCCUCUUUGCUAAGAGGACUUGGGAGCUCUUCGUCGAGUGGGAUGAAACCCGAAAGACAAGUUUUAGCCGCUAACUUCGGCGGCAAUUUUGGUGGUGGCGGAAGUAGCAGAGGCGGUGGAGGUGGAGGAGGAGAAACGCUGAGAUCACAGAUGGAGAACGAUGACAACAAUCUUCAAGGACUAAUGAACUCUCUUGCCACUGCUAACUCUUCCAUUUUCGGGGCCGGCCAUGGACAAGAUCAAAGCAACUUCGUCGGAGGAUUCGCCGGAAGUGGGGGGACGCAAGUCGAACAUCAUGGAAACAACAACUUCUCCAACGUUAAUGAAGGUAAUAAGUUGCAUCAAAAUCUGGCGGGAAGCAUCGGUGGGACUGACAAAUUAACAUUGGAUUUUCUGGGUGUGGGAGAAAUGGUGAGAAACAUCGGUGGAGCUGGUAGUCAACAUGGGAUCAACAUAGGGUCUUUGAACCCCGAGAUGAAGUCAUCGGCUCAGGCAACGUCGACUCAGCAAUUUGGUAGUGGAAAACUUGUCUAAAAAAGCCAAGCAAAGCUUUUUGUAGGGUUAAUAAGUAGCGGGAAAAA